CUGACUCCACCUACAGCCAACAGCACGCGGACCUAGAAGUACGGUAUGCUGAAUGGGUCAGUCGCAUUCUUUAUUGAGAGUGUUCGAAUCGAGCGAAGAGAAAAGCUGCUCAGCACGUUCCGCAGCAGAUCGAAUGCGAACACGGCGGAGUUUAGACCUGGAGCAAGGAGGGUACUGGUUUGACAGGGACAGAAAAAGUAAGUUGUCGAGGCUUUCACAUAAUCGACCAAACUCAGAACCGAACGUGACGUUAUUUAGCGGCAGGGCUUUGGAAGUAACUUUAAAGCAACUCUUACGAAACUACCAGGCUGGUCAGGGAAUCGACGCCGACGAAAGCCCAUCCGGUAAUAAUGUGCUCACUCGGAUUAUUGGAGAGUCGGCUCUAACCACACGAGCUGAAAAAAACUUAGAUGCGCCCGGUUCUGGCACAUCGUUUAACGGGCUCGCUUGCUCUGACCCCUUACACUUUCAAUGUGUCAAUUCAAAAACAACGGGAAAGGACAAUGAUUGGAAUGUCUCACGCUGGACCAUGGAAAAAAAGUUUGGAGAGAACUUUGACAGAGGUGCAGCUAAGAGCAGGACCCAGUCGGAUGUCGCGUUACCGGUCAGAUCAGUCCCGUUUACAGCGACAAAUGAGAAGCAGCCCUCGUCAGAUUUGACUUUACUACUAGAAGACCCUAUUAAUUCUUAUGCUGAUAACAGCUUUCCUCUUGUAAGUACUAAAAUGACAAAAACUCCGAACACGAACGUGACUUCUCCCAAAUCGACGUGUCUGAGCGAACGAAACACCAGUUGUAUAAGGCCUACGGAGAGCCGCAACCAGGAAUGUUCUCGUUCUCAAGACUCGCUAGAAUGUCCUAUUCAGAGUAGUUCGUCAGUCAGUUACCCAGGAACCAUUCCUCGACUUGUCAUCACCCCAAGUCCUGGUCCUGGACCACAAACUAGUGCCAUAGGAGUCGGCAGAGAAUCUCUUGAUCAACAUCCAGAUGAGGAGUCACCCUGCUCGGACAGUGGAUGUGGAGGCUCCCCUGUCCCAUCACUGUCUCUCCGAAAACUCUCAAGUUCUUCCUCUACGUGCCUGUCUUCUGCUUCAUCUUUUGAGGAAUCCGAGGACGACCUCACUGGCAGUGACCUCGAACCGAACAGUCUCUCUCCAAGUUCAUACAACAUGUUGGGCAGCCCAGACGAUGUUACAGGAACAAAGUCGUGGAGGAAGCUGAAGACGAUGGUCCACUGGUCGCCAUUUGUGGUGUCCUUCAAGAAGCGCUAUCCCUGGGUACAGCUCACUGGACAUGCAGGUAGUUUCCAGGCAGGGGAGUAUGGGAAGCUGCUGAAGAAGUACUGUGAGUGCGAGCAGCUGUGUCUGCAGGAGCUGAUGGGGGAUGUACUGCGGCCGUUCGUACCCGGCUACUACGGGGUGGUGCAGCAGGAUGAGCAGGACUACAACCUGAUGGAUGACCUGCUAGCCGACUUCGACUCGCCCUCCAUCAUGGACUGCAAGAUGGGCAGCCGCACGUACCUGGAGGAGGAGCUGGUGAAGGCGCGCGAGCGGCCGCGGCUUAGGAAGGACAUUAAUGUAUGUUUAUACUGUGGCUGCAGUGUAACAUUUAAUGUGGUUAUGCUAUGGUUAAAAAUAAUCUUGCUGUGUUUUUGUGUGGGACAGAAGGCAGAUGGGACGUGCAACACCAACUUCAAAAAGACCAAAGACCAAGAGCAGGUGAUGAAGGCUCUAGAGGACUUUGUGGAUGGGAACAUGCAGAUUCUGAGAACGUAUCUCCAGAGACUGGAGGAGCUGCGCUCAGUGUUGGAGACGUCAGAAUUCUUCAGGACCCAUGAGGUGGUGGGCAGCUCCCUGCUGUUUGUGCAUGACUCCUCUGGGCAGGCGCGCGUGUGGAUGAUCGACUUCGGCAAGACCGUGCCGCUGCCCCCCGCCACUACUCUGGACCACCGCACGCCUUGGCAGGAAGGCAACCGCGAGGACGGCUACAUGUGGGGCCUGGACAACCUCAUCCACAUCUUCAGUGCCAUGCUGCCCAGCUCUGCCUCCAAACCCUGAGGCCUCCACCCCCCCCCCCCCCCCACCACCACCACCGCCACCACCUCCUCCCACCGCCACCACCUCCUCAGCCAAGGCAGGCUGGUUAGAAAUCCUAAUCUCCCAGCUGGAUCAACAGCAACAGGCAUUACACUGUGGACACUCAAGGGGAGGCAAAUAAGAAGAAACCAUGGUAGAGAUGAAAAGAGGGGGGGGGGGGGGGGGGGAUAUGCUUGACCGCUUGUGCCUUACUCCUGGGAACAUCCUUACACACACUGCCUAUUAACUGUUUGACACCUAUUUUGGACAUGUAGGUUGACACUCGCCCUCCCACUGCCUUCUACAGACACUUUGUGGUGGUUCUCACCAGCACUGCUCUCUGGUAGUCUGCCCUCUGGUGGGGUGAAGAGAGAACACACUUAAAUGCUCUGGCUGCCUUAGAGGCAACACAAACAGAAGUGACCUUAAGGAGAAGAUGGACAACCGGAAGAGAGAACCUUUUGUUAUGUAGAGACUCAACCUCUUUUACUUUUUUAUAUUACAGCCGAAUACGCUACAACACUAGUGCACACUGGAUCUUUUCUGGUGUAUUUUUUUAAUGUAUAUAAUUGUAUAUUUAAUUUUACUCUGCUUAAGAGCAUAUCCUUUUUUAGAUGAGAUUCUGCAUGAAGAAGAAUUUUCAAGCAGUUUUACACUAUUGCUGUGGUUUCUCAAGUCUUUCCAAAACUCAAGUGUGAAUCUGAGCUCUGUGUAACUAAGAGAAGUACCAGGCCUUUACUGGAAGAGGAACCCCUCAGAUGAGGUCUUUUCAACUUACUGGUGUGGCACAGUCUAGCUGUUUAGGUGGGCGUUUACUUUCAGCAGCACUGGAGGUAACCAGGAAGUUACAGCCAGGUACUAGUGUGUCUGUUGGGAUAGACCGUGUGAAAGAAGCACCACUGUUCAAGAAGAUGAUAUCAGUGCUAGAGAGCUUGCUGCCUUAAUCAUGGCUCAUAAAUACCUCAGUUAUAAGCCUACUAUGUUAGAUGCUGAUUUGAUUUCUCAGUAGCCUUAGCAGAUAGCCCUUCAGUCUUCUUGAAGCGUUUGAUAGAGGUGAAAACUGGCUCAGGUGAAAAUGUCAGCUCUGAGGAUCAGAAUGUAUUGACCCAGAACUAAAUCUAAGCUACAGGACAAGAUGGAACAAAACCUCAAUCUACUAAACAGGGAUCAUCUGCCAUUUUAGAAGCCUUAGAACAAAUUUAAUUAGGGUCUUACAGCAGUGUAGACUCCUUGGGAGAGUGGUAGUUUGUGGGUAUCAUAUUUAACUGUACAGGCUACGUUAGGAAACAUUAUUGGUUGAACUACCAUCUAGGUUUGCAUAUUAUGAGCACUCAUUGAAUAGUUUUCUGGUUAUUGGUGGAUGUUCUACUAGGCUAAAGUAAUUACCCUCUUAACGUGACAUUCUUUUAUUUAUUCAGCUAUGCAGUGGUCUUACAGGCUCAAGUCUGGCAUAGAACUCAAGUCUCACUAAAACGGCACUAUUAACUUUAAAACUGGAAUGAACUUCUUUUGGCUGCAAGUGAAAUAUCUGUAUAUGGAAACAGUGGUCCUCCAAAACUGCAGAGUCAUUUAUAGACUGGACUGUUUUUUCUAAUUUUUCUUUAAUGUGCCAUGAUGCUGGGUAUGUUUUCAGUGCAGUUUGAUAUAUGUGCACUGGCUCUAUGGGAUCUAUUCACAGUUCACACAGUCCUUCAUUUGUUUUGCUGUCACGGCAGUCGUGGAACACCACUAAGACAUUUACGGAUCAAUUUUUUUUUAAUGGGACAUGACGACCUUCUGCAUGCUUGGCAGGGACAGAAGUUUGAAUAUGCUUUAGAUAUUAACAAAAAUGUGUACCCCUCACACAGAGUUGAAAGAUGUAUUGCAUAGCCAGCUCCAAGUCUUUUCAGAACUCCGUAUGGAUUUUCUUUUUUUUGCAUUAGUUGGUCUGUCAUGCAGCAUUCCAAUACUUGAAGAUUGCCAUUAACAGUCCUUAAACCAAGUCAAAGGAAUCCUUUUUCAUUUUACCAUUUCUGUGCUUUGUACUUCUGUUCUCUUUUCCUCUGGAGCUGAUGAUGUAUUGUUUACAAAUGAUGCUAAGUAUUAUAUUUCUUAUGUAUCUUUACUGGUCGUAAUUGCAAUAAGUUGAUUGUAUAUUUUCUAUCAGAAACUAACCACAGACCUAUGCUUUCUUUUUGACAUUCCUGAAUAUUUUGGUGCAAGUUUAGAGGCUGGUGGUUGGCUGUAUCGAGAUGAUUUGCACAAGUCUCAGUUAAGAGCAUACUGAGCCUGGUUCUACUAUCUCUGACUGCCAAUGCAAUAAACUGGAACCAUAAGCUUUGCGUGGAUUUCAGUUCAUUCUAAUACCACAAUACAGGCACUGGUUGCCCUUCAGGAAUUCAGACACAUAAUUAUUGCUUUUUUGUCUCUCACAAUUCUUCUGAAAUAUUUGGACUGCCAUCUAGUGUGGCAACUAAGUUAUCAUUUGUUAUAUGGUGGUUGCCACCAGUCUUGUUAUACAUGUAGGUGCAGAAAUCUGAUUUAUGGCAUAUGCUGUUUAGUGAUAUGUACUAAAAGACAUCCAUUUAUGGAGAUACGAUUGUCAAAGGUGGGACUUUGUAGGCAUAUUUCCUUGUAUUUUGAAAACCAGAUGGACUUGGAUUCCAACUUUUGUUACUAAUUUAGUCCAUCACAUGAAUAAAAUGCCAUUAAUGUAAUAAAACAUCAGGAGUUAA